GCCUGUGGGUACAGUGUAGGAAGCACACAGCACACAUCCCAAUCUUGCCUGACUGCUGAAAGCCUAGUAAACAGGAAGGCUAGAAAUUACUGGUUUUAACUCACAGCUGCUAGGUUGAGAAACAUCUAGAUGAGCGAUGAAGUUAGGGUUUGAGGAAAUGGCUGCGUUUUGUAUUGCUUAAAGGACAGCAGCCCGCCCAAGCAGGGUAAGUCAGCAGGAUGCUCCCGGUGUGCCUCUGCGGCAGCGAUGUGGUCUCUAAGGAAACCCGUGCCUGAUGCUCGCAGCCUGGGCAGUGCUGGCGGCCCAGGGCCGUCUGUCUGCUGCCUGCUGAUGGAGGCUGCGCCGCAUCCACCAGGCAGGGCUCUGCACGCAUGCCCGUCUUCCCCGGCGUUUAGUGGUGUCAACUUAUUAAUUUCCAUCUUCGACUUCAGGCCUGUUAGUUUCCUGUCUGAAAGCAUUAUUACUUUUGUCCAUGUGGCAAAAUAAUUAGCAUACAGAUGAGAAGUGGCCCCAUGUCUGCGCGCCGAUAGAGAGAAGAUGUGCGGUUCGAAGUUGAUUGGAUGAAUGGAGAACAAAUGGUGGGCGUUCAAAAGCAUUAGAAGAGUUUUGUAGUCGCGGAGCAGGCUGGAGAAUUUUCUGGGGGUCACACAGAGGCUGCAGCUGAGGUCUGGGUGUGUGCAGUUCUCAGCUGGGUUUUGCCCUCCCUAUAUUGACAACUGAGGAAUCACACAGAGUGGAAAUGAACACUAGGAAGAAUUGGUGAAAAAAAUCGAGCUAGCAUCUCCAAAGUCCUGUGGUGGCAGCCAGCAGCGCUGGUCCAAAGAGGACCUGGAGAGUGAACUCAGCUUUUGUCUCUUGCCUUUCACUCAGCACCCUAACUGGAUGAAUGAGUAUAAAAUAGUGACCACAUCUGGUAGAAGGGAAGAUGUAGUUACUGAGUCCAGUCCAGUGUUUCUGUCUCUCACCUUGUCAACGAAAGAAAGGCUCCCGCUGGCCCCUACAGACAUAUGGAUAUUCCAGGAGCCACGUAAAGAUGGAGAAAUGGAGGCACAGAGAGGUUAAGUGACUUGGCCUCAGUCACAAGCUGGGGAGGACCAGGGAAAGCCUAGAGAGAGCCGGCUCUGGGCCUGCAUCCUGCCCAGGAAGUCACCCUGCCUCCGUCCUCAGGAGAGAAGGCUUCCUACAAGAUGGACGUGGACGCUGAGGAGAAGCGCCAUCGCACACGGUCCAAAGGGGUUCGAGUUCCUGUGGAGCCAGCCAUACAAGAGCUGUUCAGCUGUCCCACUCCAGGCUGCGAUGGCAGCGGUCACGUCAGUGGCAAAUAUGCACGACACAGAAGUGUAUAUGGUUGUCCUUUGGCUAAAAAAAGAAAAACGCAAGAUAAACAGCCCCAAGAACCUGCUCCCAAGCGAAAACCAUUUGCAGUGAAAGCAGAUAGUUCCUCAGUAGACGAGUGCUAUGAGAGUGAUGGUACUGAAGACAUGGAUGAUAAGGAGGAAGAUGAAGAAGAGGAGUUCUCUGAAGACAAUGAUGAGCAAGGGGACGAGGAUGAUGAAGAUGAGGAGGUGGACCGGGAAGAUGAUGAGGAGAUUGAGGAGGAAGAUGAUGAUGAUGAUGAUGAUGAUGAUGAUGAUGGGGAUGAUGUAGAAGAGGAAGAAGAGGAGGAGGAAGAAGAGGAGGAAGAAGAGGAAGAUGAAGAAGAAAAUGAAGACCAUCAAAUGAGUUGUACUCGAAUAAUGCAGGACACAGAAAAGGAUGAUAACAACAAUGAUGAGUAUGAUAACUAUGAUGAACUGGUAGCCAAGUCGCUAUUAAAUCUUGGCAAAAUUGCUGAGGAUGCAGCAUACCGGGCCAGGACUGAGUCAGAAAUGAACAGCAAUACCUCCAAUAGCUUGGAGGACGAUAGUGACAAAAAUGAAAACCUCGGUCGGAAGAGCGAACUGAGUCUAGAUUUAGACAGUGAUGUUGUUAGAGAAACAGUGGACUCCCUUAAGCUGUUAGCACAAGGACAUGGUGUUGUGCUCUCAGAAAACAUCAGUGACAGAAGUUAUGCUGAGGGAAUGUCACAGCAAGACAGCAGAAAUAUGAACUAUGUCAUGCUAGGGAAGCCCAUGAACAAUGGACUCAUGGAGAAGAUGGUGGAGGAGAGUGAUGAGGAAGUGUGUCUAAGUAGUCUAGAGUGUCUGAGGAACCAGUGCUUUGACCUGGCCAGGAAACUCAGCGAGACCAACCCACAGGACAGGAGUCAGCCACCCAACAUGAGUGUGCGCCAACACGUCCGGCAAGAGGAUGACUUCCCUGGGAGGACGCCAGACAGGAGCUACUCAGACAUGAUGAACCUUAUGCGGCUGGAGGAGCAGCUAAGCCCCAGGUCUAGAACGUUCUCCAGCUGUGCCAAGGAGGAUGGGUGUCAUGAGAGGGAUGAUGACACCACCUCAGUGAACUCAGACAGGUCUGAGGAGGUGUUUGAUAUGACCAAGGGCAACCUGACUCUGCUAGAGAAAGCCAUUGCCUUGGAGACAGAGAGAGCCAAGGCCAUGCGGGAGAAGAUGGCCAUGGACGCUGGGAGAAGGGAUAACCUGAGAUCCUAUGAGGACCAGUCUCCAAGACAGCUGGCUGGGGAAGACAGAAAAUCCAAAUCCAGUGACAGCCAUGUCAAAAAGCCAUACUAUGGUAAAGAUCCCUCGAGAACAGAAAAGAGAGAGAGCAAGUGUCCAACCCCCGGGUGUGAUGGAACCGGCCACGUAACCGGGCUUUACCCGCAUCACCGCAGUCUGUCUGGAUGCCCGCACAAAGAUAGGGUCCCUCCAGAAAUUCUUGCCAUGCAUGAAAAUGUUCUCAAGUGUCCCACUCCAGGCUGCACAGGGCGAGGGCAUGUGAAUAGCAACAGGAACUCGCACAGAAGCCUCUCGGGAUGCCCUAUUGCUGCUGCAGAAAAACUGGCAAAGGCCCAAGAGAAACACCAGAGCUGUGACGUGUCUAAAUCCAACCAAGCCUCAGACCGAGUCCUCAGGCCAAUGUGCUUUGUCAAGCAGCUUGAGAUUCCACAGUAUGGCUACAGAAACAAUGUCCCCACAACCACGCCGCGCUCCAACCUGGCCAAGGAGCUUGAGAAAUAUUCCAAGACUUCGUUUGAGUACAACAGUUACGACAACCAUACUUAUGGCAAAAGAGCCAUAGCUCCCAAGGUGCAAACCAGGGACAUAUCCCCCAAAGGAUAUGACGAUGCCAAGCGGUACUGCAAGAAUGCCAGCCCCAGCAGUAGCACCACCAGCAGCUACGCACCCAGCAGCAGCAGCAACCUCAGCUGUGGUGGUGGCAGCAGCGCCAGUAGCACGUGCAGCAAGAGCAGCUUUGACUACACACAUGACAUGGAGGCCGCACACAUGGCAGCCACAGCCAUUCUCAACCUAUCCACACGUUGCCGUGAAAUGCCACAGAACCUGUCCACCAAGCCGCAGGACCUGUGUACCGCCCGGAACCCAGACAUGGAGGUGGAUGAGAAUGGCACCCUGGACCUGAGUAUGAACAAGCAGAGGCCUCGAGACAGCUGCUGCCCAGUGCUGACACCCCUGGAGCCCAUGUCCCCCCAGCAGCAGGCAGUGAUGAGCAGCCGAUGUUUCCAGCUGAGUGAGGGGGAUUGCUGGGACUUGCCCGUAGACUACACCAAAAUGAAGCCUCGGAGGGUAGAUGAGGAUGACCCCAAAGAGAUUACCCCAGAAGACUUGGACCCAUUCCAGGAGGCCCUGGAAGAAAGAAGGUACCCAGGGGAGGUGACCAUCCCAAGCCCCAAACCCAAGUACCCUCAGUGCAAAGAAAGCAAAAAGGACUUAAUAACUCUAUCUGGCUGCCCCCUGGCGGACAAAAGCAUUCGAAGUAUGCUGGCCACCAGUUCACAAGAGCUCAAGUGCCCCACCCCAGGCUGUGACGGUUCUGGACACAUCACUGGCAAUUAUGCUUCUCAUCGAAGCCUUUCUGGGUGCCCAAGAGCAAAGAAGAGUGGCAUCCGGAUAGCACAGAGCAAAGAGGACAAGGAAGACCAGGAGCCAAUCAGGUGUCCGGUCCCUGGCUGUGACGGUCAGGGCCACAUCACUGGGAAGUAUGCAUCCCACCGCAGCGCCUCAGGCUGCCCCUUGGCGGCCAAGAGGCAGAAAGACGGGUACCUCAACGGCUCCCAGUUCUCCUGGAAGUCAGUCAAGACUGAGGGCAUGUCCUGCCCUACACCCGGGUGUGAUGGGUCGGGACACGUCAGUGGCAGCUUCCUCACACACCGCAGCUUGUCAGGAUGUCCAAGAGCCACAUCAGCAAUGAAGAAAGCUAAGCUGUCUGGAGAGCAGAUGUUGACUAUCAAGCAGCGAGCCAGCAAUGGUAUAGAAAAUGAUGAAGAAAUCAAGCAGUUAGAUGAAGAGAUCAAGGAGCUUAAUGAAUCCAAUUCCCAGAUGGAGGCUGACAUGAUCAAACUCAGAACUCAGGUAACAAUCACCACAAUGGAGAGCAACCUGAAGACAAUUGAGGAGGAGAACAAAGUGAUUGAGCAGCAGAACGAGUCGCUCCUGCACGAGCUGGCCAACCUGAGCCAGUCCCUGAUCCACAGCCUUGCCAACAUCCAGCUGCCUCACAUGGAUCCAAUCAAUGAACAAAAUUUUGAUGCUUACGUGACUACUUUGACGGAAAUGUAUACAAAUCAAGAUCGUUAUCAGAGUCCAGAAAAUAAAGCCCUACUGGAAAAUAUAAAGCAGGCUGUGAGAGGAAUUCAGGUCUGAACAGCUGCUGUAGUGGUGACUCAUGCUUAAAAAGGAUGCCUCUUGUUUCUUGCUGCUGUAACUUACCAGAAAGUGUUCUAUAUUUAUUUCUGUCGGAACAGUGUUAUGCUACAAGACUUCAUAAUGGUUUUGUGUGCUCUGAGAUAGUACCUGCAGACUAGUUUUGGAUACAUUCACAUUUUGUAUGUUUUCAUAUAAGCUGACAUAGUGUGAUUUGCCAUGUAAUGUUUAUAGCUGCUGCUGUCUGCACAUUUGGGGGUCUCUAUAUUUCUGAAGAGGUAAGCUGAUCAAAAUAAAUAGAGUGUAAAUUCUUUUUAAUGCUUUAGUGAUUAAAUGUUUUAGUAUUUUAAACUGAAAUGGACAAAAAAAGAAAAAGGGAAAAAAAAGCAGGUUUGAAUGAUCACUAUGGCCUCGUGGCCACUUUUAGACAUUAUCAUUUUGCCUCAGGUUGGAGGACUUUGUGGAAUUUAAGAAAUACAUUUUGUGUGCAUAUUGUUUCAUAGCAAGAAUUGGUUGCAAAAAAAAUGCUUUAUUUUUGAACAAUGCUUGGAAAUAUUAUGUGACUUUUUUGUUUGUUUGUUUUAGGAGGAUGGUGUAUGGUGGGGGCAAUAAAUGAGGUUUUUUGCAUUCCAAGGAAAUGGCAUAUGGAUUAACUAUAAGAAAUGAAAUAAGUAAUUUAUUGUAAGACAACAUCAAGCCAUGGAAACUUGGCAGAAGAUUCAAAGCAGCUUAAACAGCACUUUUAAUUAACUCCUAAACAUUACAUGGUGGGACUGUGGACUCCGUUAAGACAGGAGCUUGUCAGAGGUGGACAACAUGAAGAUUUCCUUUGCAUUUUCAGUAACCUUUGGAGCACCCUUCUCUUAUUUCUCCUAGAGCCCCGUGCCCCUCUGAACUGUUACCACAAUAUAGCUUACCUAACAGAAGUUGAUUGUUUUUCAAUUUGAGCAAAAAGGUAAUUUAAGCAUUUAUCUCCCCUUCUCACUUUCAAAAAUCAUCAUCCUUCGUUAUUCUUGUUUCACAUCUGAGGAUGAAGGCUAACGGCUGUGAUUGCCCUGGUUACUGGAUGGGAUUCUCUGCUGGGCGGGUGGGAGAGCAGCACUACCCUUCCCUUCCCCUCCCUGCCCCAACUGUGACUUUGAAUAAGCCUUGGUCCUAUCCAGAACACUCUGGACACCAAGGCCAUGGACGUUCACGUUCUGCCCUCGCUGGGUCCAGCUGACUCUAGCAUCUGCACAGCCUUGUUUGGUUUAUGGUGACCUAACCUGAGAAAGAAUGCAAUCAGAUUUUAAAGUAACUAAAUAUACUUCGGCACUUUUUUGCUUUAAACUAGAUCAUCUUAGACUUGUUGAUACCUUCGAAAUUUGAUGGUUUCAUCCCAAAUGACUGCACUAUAUGUAUGCAUACGGCCACUUUUGAUUGCUGCGCCCCCUUCUGAGUAGUCUUUGACAAUGUGUUGUGUUCCCCGAUGUCGACUUGAUUUCCUUUUAGUAGCAUCUCUCUCUUCCAUGUCUUGAUGUUAUGCAGGAAGUACAAAAGUACUUUAAAAUUUUGUUAUGAAAUAAAAAAAAAGGAUGGGUUUUGUAAAAAUAAAAAAAAAAAUAUUUUUAGCAGAACAGGACUUACAGGGUCAUUGUCCCCACAAUGUGCCAGUCGGCUCUUUGCACUCGCCUUGUCCUAUAUAUCCGUACGGAGGUGUGCAAUCCUGUGUCAGUCGCCUUGUGACACUGAAGUGGAUGAGUUAUAGAGGAGGCCCUCAAGGCUGACCCAAUACAGUUACUAAGGGAGACUACAGGGAUCUCACGACAAAUAUUCUGAUACAAUACUCAACCUCGGUAUAUAUAUAUAUGUAUAAAUAUAAGAAUAUCCCAGCGGCACUUUAUACUGUUCACUGUACAAAAGCUUACAGUUUUCCACAAGGACUUUAAUACCUAGCUGGGGGAAAAGAUUAUGUAAUUACUUGGGGCUCUGCAGGACCUUCUCUGUCCAGCGCCCCUUUCUGUUGUGCGAUUAGUUGUAGCUGCCAUGCUCAGAAUUGCCUUUUUGAGAGCUGAAGCAAGGUGCUUACUGUCACCUGAUGCCAUACACAUGGUCUCAGGCCCUCGCCCAGGGGCCUCUGUUCAUAGCAGCACAUGCAUUUCCCCACCGCGUCUUGUCUGCAGCUUCUUGGCCAAUGUAGUAAUGCUUUUAGUAGAGUAAUAGGUAGUAUCAGUUUGGAUUCUUAUUGUUAUCACCUAUGUACAAUGGAGAGGGGUUCUAAGCACAAAUCUGCUGCUCAUGUAACGUUGGUACAUAAUAUCAAAUCAAAAGUUAUCUGUGACUAUAUAUAGGGAUCACACAGUGUCACAUGUUAGAAUGCUGACCUUCCACAUGGGGUUAUUGUGAGUCAUCAGAGCAUAUUUAUUAUAACUUAUUGUUCAUAUUCAUUUCUAAGUUCAUUUAAGUAAUCAUUUAUUAAGACAGAAUUUUGUAUAAACUAUUUAUUGUGCUCUCUGUGGAACUGAAGUUUGAUUUAUUUUUGUACUACACGGCAUGGGUUUGUUGACACUUUAAUUUUGCUAUAAAUGUGUGGAAUCACAAGUUGCUGUGAUACUUCAUUUUUAAAUUGUGAACUUUGUACAAACUUUGUCAUGCUGAUGUGAACACAUCUUACUCUGAAUAAAAAGUGUUGCCAAGUUUGUAGCACGAAGGA